AGCAUGAUGUAGAGAAACACGAACUGAUUUAUCCUCUGGAAUCUUUGAACGCCUGGCCCUCUACUAUCUCAUGGAUGUACCCAUAAAUAUGUAUGUGAACUAAAUCUCAUGAAAACUAUGAACGGCAUCGGCGAUAUUGUUUUGAUCCAAUCGCUGCCGAACAAGCCGAAGGCUGUUCGAUCCCACGCCAUCGCACCACACGCUGAGCGUAGUACGCUGUGACCCAUUUCCCUCCUUCCCGUCACUCGUAGGUCACGAAUUGUCACCGGGACGCGCUCUGGACGUCACAGCCGGAUCAGGUUAACCAAUGGAAUCUAACCUCAUCAUGGAUGCCGCUACCCUCGCAACGACAACACCGAACAGCAGGAAACGGAAUCGCGAAAACGAAACACCAAGUCAAAGAAUCAAAAGGGAAAAGGCAGCAGAAAGACAAAGGAGGAAAAGAGAAAGAGACAGAUUGGGCAUCCCAGUAAACUAUGUCCAUCCACCUCCACAAAGGAAUCCGGCGAAUUCGGUGGUCGUAAGCCAACCGCCUCCGCCUCCUCCACCACCACCUCCCCCUGCUCCUAUUGCAGACCCAAACUUAAACAAUGGCCCAUCCAAUCUUAUUGAACCAGACUUGACUCCUGAGGAAGAAGCCAGGCGCGAUAGAGUCAGAGCUGCUGCCCGUGAAAGACAACGCAAGCAUCGAGCGCUCGUGAAACAGAGAAAGAUGCGCGAAUUAGGUAUGGACAUGGGCAACGACAUUUCUGGCAGUAUCCAGGCUCCAUCCAGCGAGGAGCAAGGUGAUAUGACAUAUCCUGUUGACGCUCAGGCUGGAUUUCAUGCUACGAUGAUAUCUCCUCCUCCUCCCGGUAUCGUACAACAAUCACUCAACGAUGAUAACAACGAAUCUUCUUUCACCCAUAAUCUCGCUACACAAGGGCAUGGUGGCCAAAUGUUUGCGACUACUCUGCUUUUAAGCUUCUCAUGUGCACCGUUACUCAAACAGCACCUGCUGAACAGCCUUCAGAUGAGUAAUGAGGAGCUUGCUAGUCUGGAACCAAUUAUCGCGGACGCAUGGGACCAAUGGGAUCGUCAGCAACACCAGCAACCAUUUGAUGCAUCGCAGUACUCGUCACAACAUUCUUUUGUUCAGAAUCCUCCAAAUGCAACACCACAAGACGUUUCUGCGACUUCCGCCGCGAAUGAAUUUCGCGCACGAUUCCACAGAUCUUUGGUCGUUCCUACGCCAUUUCAAGCGCAGGCCGCCGCGGCCGCUGCGGCUGUCGCCCAAGCACAGGCAAAUGCCGUCGCACACGCUGCUCAAGUUGCCCAAUCCACUGUUUCGGGAUCGAUGAACGGGAUGACGGACGAGGAUGGAGGACCUGUGAAGGGCGAUCAUAGCUGACUGUCAGGAUGCUCCCACAUUAGACUUAAAUUUAUGGUCUCGUCACGCUGCGCGCGCGGUGGCUUUGUCUAUAACCAGAAUUUGGAACCAAUAAUUCCCUUGUAAUAUCGAUAAUUAUGCCGCUUAGUACUUACAGUGUACAUUUCAUUCAUCGCAUGUACAUUCCUAAUUUGUAUGUAUGUAUGCCCCAAUCUCGG